GUCAUCUGACAAUAGUAACAGGAUGUAACUUGCCUGACUGAAGCAGAUUAGGACCAACAGGAGGAAUUUUCGAUUUAUUGUGGGUACGAUAAAGAGCACGAAACUGUAGCAAAAACAGUUUAUCAUAACUCAAAGACCCGUCGGAAGAGGAGACUAUGUUGGAAGAUUUCAUAAGGAAAGUGUAAGACGAUUUAAAAGGGUUAAUGCCGUCCCCUCCUAAGAAAAAAGAAACAUAUAUGGCCAGAGAGCUUGGGGAUCCAGCACCUGUAUUAUUUCCGUGAACAUCAACGAGUCUGGGGCCCAGAGGACCUCAGCUGCCGUUGUAGACACAAACAGAUCCCAAAAAGUGGAGCGCUGGCACUGAAGUUUACUCGCCGGUGGUGUAGCCCACCUGCCCCGGAAGCAGUGUUGCGUUGGAGACUUGCCUUCCGGGGCAGAGUGUUCGUCGUUGCAGCAGCUGUAACAAGGGGAGGCCAUUUUCUGUUUUUAGGAAGAGUGAGGGCUAGAGGAGAGGGGAAAGAAAGGGGAAAAGGGCUCAGCUCCUCCCCGCCGAGCCGGGAACAGAGGAGCACGUUCGGCAGGCGGGUGAGGUCGCCGAGGGCCAGUCGGAGAUGUUUUCCCUCUCGAGUACGGUGCAACCCCAGGUUACAGUUCCUCUGAGUCAUCUCAUCAAUGCCUUCCAUUCACCAAAAACCACACCUAUUUCUGUCAGCGCAUCAGCUUCACAAAACCAGCAUCGAGAUGUAGCUCCCGAGCAUGAGUCUCCCGGCAAUGAGGUACCUGUACUUAAUUUAAGAGACCUUGGAUUAUCUGAAUUAAAAAUUGGACAGAUUGACCAGCUGGUAGACCGUCUACUUCCUGGAUUUUGUAAAGGCAAGAGCGUUUCUUCCCAUUGGCAUACAUCUCAUGUCUCUGCACAGUCCUUCUUUGAAAAUAAAUAUGGUUACUUAGAUAUGUUUAGUACUUUACGUUCCUCUUGCCUCUACAGACAGCAUUCAAGAACUCUUAAAAGUAUUUGUUCAGAUCUUCAGUACUGGCCAGUUUUCACACAGUCUCGGGGUUUUAAAACUUUGAAAUCGAGAACACGGCGUCUACAGUCCACCUCGGAAAGAUUAGCAGAAACCCAGCAUAUAGCGCCAUCAUUUGUAAAGGGGUUCCUUUUGCGGGACAGAGGAUCAGAUGUUGAGAGUUUGGACAAACUCAUGAAGACCAAAAAUAUACCUGAAGCUCACCAAGAUGCAUUUAAAACUGGUUUUGCAGAGGGUUUUCUGAAAGCUCAAGCAUUAACACAAAAAACCAAUGAUUCUCUAAGACGAACUCGUCUGAUUCUCUUUGUUCUGCUGUUGUUUGGCAUUUAUGGACUCUUAAAAAACCCAUUUUUAUCUGUCCGCUUCCGGACAACAACAGGGCUUGACUCUGCAGUAGAUCCUGUCCAGAUGAAAAAUGUCACCUUUGAACACGUUAAAGGAGUGGAGGAAGCUAAACAAGAAUUACAGGAGGUCGUUGAGUUCUUGAAGAAUCCACAAAAGUUUACUGUGCUUGGAGGUAAACUUCCAAAAGGAAUUCUUUUAGUUGGACCCCCAGGGACAGGAAAGACACUUCUUGCUCGAGCUGUGGCUGGAGAAGCUGAUGUUCCUUUUUAUUAUGCUUCUGGAUCAGAAUUUGAUGAGAUGUUCGUGGGUGUGGGAGCCAGCCGCAUAAGAAAUCUAUUUAGGGAAGCAAAAGCAAAUGCUCCCUGUGUUAUAUUUAUUGAUGAAUUGGAUUCUGUUGGUGGAAAGCGAAUUGAGUCUCCGAUGCAUCCAUAUUCAAGGCAGACAAUAAAUCAGCUUCUUGCUGAAAUGGAUGGUUUUAAGCCCAAUGAAGGAGUUAUCAUCAUAGGAGCCACAAACUUCCCAGAGGCAUUAGAUAAUGCCUUAAUACGUCCUGGUCGUUUUGACAUGCAAGUUACAGUUCCAAGACCAGAUGUGAAAGGUCGAACAGAAAUUUUGAAGUGGUAUCUCAAUAAAAUAAAGUUUGAUCAGUCUGUUGACCCAGAAAUCAUAGCUCGAGGCACUGUUGGCUUUUCUGGAGCAGAGUUGGAGAAUCUUGUGAACCAGGCUGCAUUAAAGGCAGCUGUCGAUGGAAAAGAGAUGGUUACCAUGAAGGAACUAGAGUUUUCCAAAGAUAAAAUUCUAAUGGGGCCUGAACGUAGGAGUGUGGAGAUUGAUAACAAAAACAAAACCAUCACGGCAUAUCAUGAAUCUGGUCAUGCUAUUAUUGCAUAUUACACUAAGGAUGCAAUGCCAAUAAACAAAGCUACAAUCAUGCCACGAGGCCCGACCCUUGGACACGUGUCCCUGUUGCCGGAGAAUGACAGAUGGAACGAGACUAGGGCCCAGCUGCUCGCCCAGAUGGACGUCAGCAUGGGCGGGAGAGUGGCCGAGGAGCUUAUAUUUGGAACCGAACAUAUCACGACAGGUGCUUCCAGUGAUUUUGAUAAUGCAACUAAAAUAGCAAAGCGGAUGGUUACCAAAUUUGGAAUGAGUGAAAAGCUUGGAGUUAUGACCUACAGUGACACAGGGAAACUGAGUCCAGAAACUCAAUCUGCUAUUGAACAAGAAAUUAGAAUCCUUCUAAGGGAUUCAUAUGAACGAGCGAAACACAUCUUGAAGACUCAUGCAAAAGAGCAUAAGAAUCUGGCAGAAGCUUUACUAACCUAUGAGACUCUGGAUGCCAAAGAGAUUCAAAUUGUUCUUGAGGGAAAGAAAUUGGAAGUGAGAUGAUAACUCUUACAAUAGAUGCAUUGCUGUUUUUACUGCAAGAAUAUCUAAGGGGCAUUUCCGUAGUCUCCUCUUGCAAUGCUUUUCUCCCAUUCUUGACUCAGUAUCAUCUCUCAGGGUUCUCUCGUCAGUCUUUUGUCACAUUUAAUCUAAUUUUGGUUACUCUCAUGAUGAUACCUAUUGCAAACUAUCAACCCAUAGUAAAUAUGUUAAAAGAAAAUAAAGAACUUUUAAGAUUGAAAACAGCUUGUUGACCAAUGUCAGUCAGUUAUUAAGUGGAAAAUAAGUAACGAUUUUAUGGUUGGUUCCUCUACUAGAUGUGAAUAAAAAUUGUGCCUUUAGCUCUUGGUAAGUAUUUUUACUUGGCAGUGUAAAAUUGUCUAAGGAUUGUCUUUGUUUUUAGGUAGUCCCAUUUAUCUUUGAUAAAAAAUGAUGCCAUUUGGCUGUUGGUGAACCAUUAUAGGUCAGUGGAAGCUCAUUGAGAUGUGCUUAAUUAUGCUCCAGAUUGUACAAAUAUAAAAUAGUUUUGUUUUUGUUUGUCAAAGAGUAGAGAAUUGUAAACAUACAGCUAUAAUCAGAAUUCAAAUGAUUAUAACCUUUUUAGAAAAGCAGCUUGCAGUUUCAUGGUCUUUUUCUUUUUUAACAUCAUUAUCACUCUUACUAAUGAAAUUUAUUUCAAAGCAGUAAGUAUCUUGUUAAAUAAAAAGUAACUCACUUCAAAUUCUGAAUAACUAUAUAAUUAUGCUUGAUAUUGAAAGAAAAAUUAACCCCAAAUCUCAGUCCCUUCAAAGUGAACUUUGAAUUACCCUGCGUUAGAAAUGAAAAGUUGUAUUUGCUUUUCAUCCAGCUCUGUGAAUAUGAACGUGUUACAGGAUUUGCAGAUGACUUUAUUUAACUCAAUAGAAAAAUUAUUUUAGAGCUCACUGUAUUGGUUUUACAGCCAAAUUUUAUUCUUGGUGUGAUUUUAUUAAAAUUACCUACAAUUUUCUAAUAA